AUGUUUUUGAACUUGGGGGGUUUGAGACACCUUAAUGAGGCUGAUGUUAAUGAUAAUUCAUUAUCCAAUCCAGCCAGAGCUAGGCGGGAACCAAAUUUAUCUGCAAAAGAACUGGAGGACAGGAUGAAUCAAGUCACCUACAUUAUGCAGCAGAAGUUUCUUUUAGGGGAAGAUCAGGAAGAUCUUGAUUACUAUAAAAUAAAUAGUGACGAGACCCUUGAUGAUCACUGGCAGAGGAGGCCAAUAUUGAUGCAGAGGAGAGAUAUUUUGCUGAUGACUAAACUAUGA